AUGGUUGUAGAUUUCAUCAAGUACGAGCCUUGGGGAAAAACACAUAAUAAGGUCAAGUUCUACCCUCUGUCUGUGAAAAUGAGUAUCUGUCUGUCAUGGCUGGCUGUGAUAUUACUCAAGAUCAUCCCAAAUGUAGCUUCUGGACAGGUACCUCCUCAGGGCUUCAGAUAUGCCUCUUACGAUGUGACCAUCCCAAGGAAGCUGUCUCCCAAGUAUGGGCAAGAAGAACCCCAGGAUGUGACUUACCUCCUGCAGAUUGAGGGAAAUCCCUAUGUGGUGUACCUCAGGCAAAAGAGGAAUUUCAUCCCUAAGGACUUUCCUGUCUUCACCUAUGAUACAGUGGGGAAUCUCCAGGUGGAUCAUCCUUUUAUCAAGGAUGAUUGUUUCUACCAUGGAUUUGUACAGAGAAAGUCCUCUUCUGUGGUCACCCUCAGUACAUGUUCAGGGGGACUGAGAGGUCUCUUGCAAUUCGAAAAUAAGACCUAUGAAAUUGAACCAAUCCAGGAAUCUCCUAUGUUUCAACAUGUGGUGUUUCGGUUAGAAGAAGAGGAAGGGGCUCUCAAGAUGACCUGUGGGCUAACAAAGGAAGAGCAAAGCCAUCAAAAGGUCAUAAUUCCCAAAACAGAGAAGCUUCCAAACAAACCUAUUUUUGGAAAAUCCUGGUGGCCACAUACAAGAUAUAUUAAACUUGCAAUUGUGAUUGAUCAUGAACGAUACUUGAAAUUCAACAGAAAUGAAUCUGUUAUUAUUAUGCAAGUUCUAAAUAUUGUCCACACUGCAAAUUCACUGUAUGAAUCUCUUUCUGUUCAUUUGUCAAUGGCAGGACUAGAGAUCUGGUCACAAAACAACCUCAUCAACAUUUCUGACCAAGCAGGUGUCACACUUUCAGUGUUUAGUAGCUGGAGACAAAACACACUACAUACAUAUUUAAAGAAUGAUGCUGGUCACUUAUUGUUAUAUAAAACAUUUAACAAUAUAACAGGAUUUGCAUAUAUAGGAACUAUAUGUGACAGAAGGUGGGCAAGUGGUGUUGUGUCCUAUGUAAGUUCCAGUUUGUUCUAUAUUUCUCUUGUAUUGGCCCAUGAAAUAGGACAUAAUCUUGGAAUGAAACACGAUGGAAAAUUCUGUAUUUGUGAAAAGCAUUCUUGCGUUAUGGCACCAACUCCCUCAGGGACUGAUAAAUUUAGUAACUGCAGUUAUAUGGAUUAUUUCAAGUUUAGAAACACUCACUGUUUAUUAGUCCCACCAGAUACUAACACAUCCUUUAAAUUUGAAUUCUGUGGUAAUAAAGUAGUGGAAAAUGCAGAGCAAUGUGACUGUGGGUCAGAAGUACAAUGCAACUCAGAUCCAUGCUGCCAAUCUAAUUGUAAGUUGCGUCCUGGUGCUGUUUGUGCCUCUGGACAGUGCUGUGCUAACUGCCAGUAUCGUGAACUUGGAACUGUUUGCAGAGAGAGUACUAGUGGUUGUGAUCUUCCUGAAUAUUGCAGUGGGACUUCAGAGCGCUGUCCAGAAGAUAUGCAUGUGCAAGAUGGUGCCCCGUGCAGUCAUGGCGUGUACUGCUAUCGUGGGAGCUGCCUGACUCACGAUAUGCAGUGCAAAAUGAUAUUUGGCAGCAAAGCAACAGUCGCUUCUGAAGUUUGCUUCAGACUACUGAAUGAUAAAGGCGAUCGCUUUGGCAACUGUGGCCUUAAAUACGGAACUUACAAGAAAUGUGACACUCAGGAUAUCAUGUGUGGCCGUAUCCAAUGUAAAAAUGUAGAUAGCUUGCCUUCUCUGGAGGAUCACAAUACAAUAGUUCAUACUUCCACAGGAGAUAAUCAAUGCUGGGGAACUGACUACCAUAGUGGAAUGAAGGUAAACGAUAUUGGAGCAGUGAGAGAUGGCAUUCCUUGUGGCAAUGGCAUGAUGUGUAUUGAGGGGAGUUGUGUCAAUGUGUCCCUUCUGAAAUAUGACUGUAAUGUCACAAUGUGCCAGAAUCGGGGAAUAUGCAACACUCUCAAACACUGUCACUGUCGUUUCGGGUGGGCCCCUCCAGACUGUAGAGCUAGCGGCUAUGGAGGCAGCAUAGACAGUGGACCGCCUCCACCACAGCAGCCCUUGUUGUCUAACUCUGGCCCAGUAAGAUUACUCCUGAGAAUAUUAUGGACAUUCAGUAUUGCCACUCAGUGA